CUACGUGGUCAUCGAUACUUAAAUGUCAAGUAUAGCGGACUUCUGAAAGACCUGUCUGUGGGUUGGAGUGUUUUGGUCAUGCCACUUGGGCACCUACUCAUUCUAUGAAUGGAUGGAAGAGGAACUACUGUAAUUAGUACCCCGCCAACCAUCCAUCCCGGAUCCGACCAUAUCAGUCCCCCCCCCCUCCUCCCAGGCUAUAUUGUGAUUUUGCCUACGACCAUUCCAUAGUAGUAUCAUCCAACAGAGCAACUAGAAAUUCAGUCACGAUGAAGAAGGCAUUCGUACUUGGCCCGGGCUACGUGGGUCGUGAGAUCAUCGAUCUGCUCAAAUCCGAGGGGAAAUAUGCAAUUACGACAAUGGUUCGUCGUGACGCUGCAGCGAAGGAGUUCAGCAGAAUCACGACGUUUAUGGGCGACUUAGAUGACACGUCAAAGAUACAGGGCCUGGCGAGAGACAGCGACUUAGUCUUUCACACUGCCACAGCUGAUCACAUACCAUCCGCCAAAGCCAUUCUCGACGGCAUCAAAGAACGCGCUGCUGAAGGCAAGAGAACAAUCUACCUUCACCAGAGCGGUGCAAGUGUACUCAGCGAUGGCUCGGCUGGUGAUGUUAGUGAUGCGAAGAAGUAUUCAGAUUUUGCUCCUGUGGAUAUCAAUGGCCUGCCCGACACAGCACCACAUCGAAGCACCGAUUUAGCCAUUCUCAAAGCUCGCAGAGAACUCGGCACGGCUGCGAGGAUUUUCAUCAUGAUACCACCCAUCAUAUACGGAGCAAAUCCCAAAUACAACCGACUGUCAAUGCAAAUUCCGAAGAUGACGCGCUAUACCUUCGAGAAAGGCCACGCCCCAAUCGUGGGUGCUGGCAAGGGACGCUGGGGAGCCGUACACGUCCUCGACUUGGCUAAGGCCUACAUGACUAUCGUUCACUGGUUAGAGCAAAGUCCUCAAGAUAGCGCCAUCUCCAACCCAUACUUCUUUUGCGAAAGUGAAGAAAUCGCUUGGGGGGAAGUCUCGCGCAUCAUUGGAAAAGCAGUCUAUGCGGCCGGGAAGAUUCAAACCCCAGAGCCGAAGGUGGUUCCUGAAUCACAGUGGAGUGACUUAUACGGAGACUUUACGCCGAACGCUCUGGCGAGUAAUUGUCGAUGCAGCGCUGAUCGACUGAGGGCGAUGGGGUGGAAACCAGUCCAGCGAACGUUGGCAGAAGCCUUCAUUGAAGAAGACUUACCAGUGAUGCUGAAGGAGUAGACUCCUUGAAUCAUAUGUUCACUUUCUGGCUUGAUUGAUUCCCUACCCUGUUCUCGAAUAUUUAGCCCCAAAUAUUUUUCGUCCUCACCAUGAAUUGCAUUUCCACUAACCCAUCCAUAGAAUAUACCUUGAACUCGCAGGCUAUGUUCGUGUUGCCAAGGGGGAACAGUCUACGUUCACCAGCGUUUAAAAAAUCCGCACGACGUACAUAUUCUGAUGCUUU